UGUCUUCCUCCGCACCCCUUUCUACAAGAAUUAUUGUGCAAUUUUUUUCCCUCUUUCUCUCUGCUUUACCACUUUUUUUGGCAUCGUUUUUUUUUCCAUCCGAAAGAUCCCUGCCUAUUCUUCCUUAGUAUAUAAAUAGGCUUCUUCUAGACAUGGUUCCAAGAGACAUGCAAUAUCCCUUAGAUAUGGAACCGAUGGUGAUGAAUAUCAAGAAUGAUAAUAUUCUGGGUGAUGAAAAGAAUGCUCAAACAACGGUUCCAUCCUUAAAAAGAAGACGCCCAGGAAGACCUUCUAAAAAGGAAUUAGCGGAAAGAGCAGCAGCAUCAGCGUCAAAAUAUGGAACCAAUGAUAUUUAUUCAGAUUCAAUGGAAGGUCUACAGAGGACAAGACCCAAACGAUUGAAAUUGCUUCACGGUUAUCAUGAUGCCCAUCGGACGGAGAAUGACGACAAACAUUGUUUAUCCACGUUCCAUAUCGGUGAUCAGGUGGAAGCUAGAAAAGAACCAGAAGAGGAGGAGGAGACAGCCGAUUGGUACUGUGCUCGUAUCGUGGAUAUAGAUAAAGAGGAGCAACCGGUUCGGUUCUUUGUACAUUAUGAAGGCUGGCCACCAGAUCGAGCCGAUUGGCUGACGUCGUCCAUGAUUGCUAAACCUUCCAAACGAUUACGUUACGGCCCAAGAGGCAAAGAGAAUGAAGUAUCCUGGAAAAGCUAUGCAACAUUUCAUACUUCCAAAGAUGGCGUCCGUGUACAACAUCAUACGGGUCUCGUUCAAGAUCAGCGUAUGAGCUUGCACUCAUGCCCUUGCGAUUCCCGUGAAACCAUCCACCCGGAGCGACCGGAUCGUAUCGCCUCCAUUCUCCAAGCGCUUCAUAACGAGCGUUUAUUACGUUACGUUCGUCAUAUUCACGCACGAGAAGCGACUGCGGAAGAACUCUUGCAUGCUCACACCCCCGCUCACAUCCGAAAUUACUGUCCUAUCAAAACAGAACACGGCGAUGCCCUUGUUUCAUCUUCUUCCCACUCACUCCUCGUCUCGUCACCCACCGAUACCUCUUCUCAAUCUUCACAGCCGCAGCCCGCCAAUGCUCCCCCUCAACCUCGCCCUAAAAUUACAUCCAUUGCCGCCUUGCUAAACGAACCUACGACACCCCCAGCCACCAUCACAAAUACACCCAACCCGUCUAUUUCUGCUUCAACCCCGGCAUCCACCUCGAACGACACAGAUAGCGCCAUCGUAUUAUCAGCAACGUCUCUUACUUCACCUACGACCCCCAUCCAUACCCAAUCUCGCUCGCAAAGACAUGGUUCGAUUAUCGGCCCUGUGUGUGGUGUUGGUGGAGGCAUGGUUGUCAAAGCAGAUCAGGAGCAAAUCAAACGACAGCAUCGUCGGUUCUCUUCUGUGAUAACUGCCAACCACCCUACCCCUCUGUCGCCACCGGAUCUCGUUUACAAAAUGACAUGCGGGGAAUUAGGCAUAGCUGUGGACACUACUUUUCAUCCUCUGUAUACAAGCAUAUCAGCGCGAGUAGCUGCUGGCAGUUUACUCACUUUGGUGGAUAAAAUUGUCCUUGGCCAACUGCGCAAUGGAUUCGCGCUUAUUCGUCCCCCAGGUCAUCAUGCCGAAGACGAUGCUGCUAUGGGAUUCUGUUUUUUCAACAACGUUGCCGUGGCCGCUGCAACAACACUCACAAAGUACCCUACGAAAAUCAAAAAGAUUCUCAUUAUCGAUUGGGAUAUUCAUCAUGGCAAUGGGACACAAAAGAUCUUUUAUGAUAAUCCCAACGUGCUGUACAUAUCGGUGCAUCGAUGGGAUAAAGGCAAAUUUUACCCGUUCAGUGGGGCGCCUGAAGAGUGCGGAGAGGAUGGAGGUUUGGGACGGAACGUGAAUAUUGCCUUCAGCAUGUCGGAGGAGAAGCCCAAACCAAUGGGCGACACUGAAUUUAUUGCAGCCUUCCAUCAUCUUUUGAUACCCAUUGCGCGUCAGUUCGGUCCAGACAUGAUUUUUGUUUCGGCCGGAUUCGACGCAGCAGAAGGGCAUCCAGAAAAUCUUGGUGGCUACAACGUCACGCCUCGAGGAUUUGCCCUUAUGACAAAAAUGGUGAAUGAUUUGGCCAACGAAAUUUGUGACGGACGCUUGGUGCUUAGCUUGGAAGGUGGUUACGAACUUCAACCAUUGGCGAACAGUGCGGCGGCGAGCGUUGCCCAGCUAUUGCCACAAGAUUUGGUGCCGCACAUGGCGCUUGAUUACAAAUGGUCGCUGAAUGCUAUCAAACCGAAUCAGAGUGCGGUGCAAUCGCUUCGACUGGUGGCCGACAUCCAAAAAAGGUACUGGAAUUUGCCCGACCGCAUGUUUGGGCCCAAUUUCCGAUUCCAAUUGCCGAGCGAAUGGCGUGCCAGAGAUAGUAUAUCAACACGACCCAAAAGAGAAAAGAGACCUAUGAAAAUUCCUAUCGUUGAAGGUUACUAAUAUUAUUCUCCCUUUCCCACCUUCCCUCAUUCCUUUCAUUGCUAUUCAUUCUUCUAUCUGCUUUUUAUACUUUUUCUUUAUCAUGUCUCAUAUGUCGACUAGUAUAUGACGGUUUUUUUUAUGCAUUUCAACUUACAGGAUACACAAAGGUUCCUCACAAAAAAAAUAGAAUUUGCAAUUCAAAAGUGGUU